UGGUCCCCAUAACAUAUAGACCAACUUCCUUUACUUCCCGGAAAUACAGCAUUCAUUCACUAAGAUGGCGACUCUGACAGCAGUCCGGCCAGCUUUCGGGGGUUUCAGUUUCGACAACUGUAAAAGAAAUGCAGUUUUGGAAAUUGAAGCUAGCAAAGUGGGUUGCAGCGUCCCUUCUGCUCGAAAAACAGGAACCACAAUCUGCGGUGUUGUCUUUAAGGAUGGAGUUGUCCUUGGAGCUGACACACGAGCCACUGAGGGAAUGAUAGUAGCAGACAAGAACUGCUCCAAGAUCCACUACAUAUCCCCAAACAUUUACUGCUGUGGGGCAGGAACAGCUGCAGACACAGAGAUGACCACUCAGCUUAUCUCCUCCAACCUGGAGUUGCACUCCCUCUCCACAGGCAGGCUGCCACGUGUUGCCACCGCCAACCGCAUGCUCAAACAGAUGCUGUUCAGGUACCAGGGUUACAUUGGUGCUGCCCUGGUCCUGGGUGGAGUAGACUGCAAUGGCCCUCAUCUUUACAGCAUCUACCCUCACGGCUCCACUGACAAGUUGCCCUAUGUUACUAUGGGUUCCGGGUCCCUAGCUGCCAUGGCAGUGUUUGAGGACCGUUACAAGCCUGACAUGGAGGAGGAUGCAGCCAAGCAGCUUGUGCGUGAUGCCAUUGCUGCAGGCAUCUUUAAUGAUUUGGGCUCUGGCAGCAACAUCGACCUGUGUGUCAUCACCAAGAACAAAGUGAACUACAUCAGACCACAUGAUGAGGCCAACAAGAAAGGUGUCAGAGUCACUGAGCUUGAAGCCUUACAGCUAACCGGCGACUACAAGUACAAACAGGGAACUACAGGUGUCCUGACCAAGGCUGUAACUCCAAUUGACCUGGAGCUGCUGGAGGAGUCUGUACAGACCAUGGACACCUCCUAAAAUGGAAUGGUGUGACUCACUACCCUGAGAAAGCCUAAAACACGUUGCAUGUUUUUCCCAUUUUUUGAAAUAAAAUAUUUUUCCCUGGUUUUGUUCCUGGCUGUGCCUAAAAUUUGAACUAGAAAUAAAAUGGUCUCAAAAGAGUCAGUCAUAUCACA